ACCAAACCGCAUCGAAUGGCGGUAUCAGUUGCAUCGUAGCGUUUUCUCAGUUCACAAUCUUCCUCAGCUCGGGCUAGUAAUUAAUCGUCUCAACUCAACCGAAGAAAUGUUCAAACUCCUGCUCGCAAUUGGCUGUUUGGCUGCGGUUUGCUCGGCUCAAUUCUACGGAGGCGGAAGUGAUGGCAUUGGGGGAGGAUCCGAUUUGGGCGGAUCUUCCAAGCACGAAGUCGAGCACCAUCAUCACCCGAAGUACAAGUUUGAGUAUGGCGUCAAGGAUGAUCACACUGGGGAUCACAAGGCUCACUGGGAAAUUCGGGAUGGCGAUGUCGUUAAGGGCCAAUACUCGCUCCAUGAACCCGAUGGCAGCGAACGCAUCGUCGAGUACAAAGCCGAUGACCAUAACGGGUUCGAGGCUGUCGUGAAGAAAGUUGAACAUGGCCAUCAUCAUGGCUACUAAAAAGGGGGCUUGUCCAUUUGAAGUUGAUUGUGGAAAAACUGGAAUGAGAAAAUGACGCGAAUGACGUGACCGUAUGCGGAAAUGGAAACGUGCAUGUGAGUGAAAGUUGAUGGACCCUUGAGUGAUUGAUUGAUAGCCGAUAAGAGUUGAAGAUGAAAAAAAUAAGCGUGCCAAAGUGAUAUUAUGAACUGAGUUUUGAACGGAAAAGUGACAAUCGAGCUUAGCGAAUGUGAUAUUGUUGACAAAUGCUGUUGAAUGAAAAUUCUUAUUUAUAUCCUUGCUUUAA